AGACCGUCCUCAGUGUGAUUUAGUGUUUUCGCGUGAGAACAACAUUUUCCGCAUAAAACGAAUGUUCAGUAAUCUUUCUUUUUCGAGAUAACAAUAGUGAAGACAUUAGACAACAUGAAAUAAAUAAUUUGGGCUCAAUAAUAAACUAAAAUUUCAAAGUGCAAUUUUUUAAUAACUCGUGAAUUGUGAUCUUUUCGUGCCAAUUAUAUUUUUUUUAAAUAAAUUAUAUUACAAUUUUAUUAUUUCAUACAAAAAAAUGAGACUUAACCAAAUUCUUUUUAUUGGGACUACUUUCUUAAUUCUCAUACCGAUUUUUGGAUAUGCAUAUUCUCCUCCAUUGGUGUGCCUUCAGGAUAACCAAUGCGUCUCAGGUGUUACGAUGAAUGCAACGAAGACAAGGAAAUUUGAUGCUUUUUUUGGCAUUCCCUUUGCUAAACCUCCUGUUGGAGAUCUGAGAUUUGCGGAUCCCCAACCACCUGAAAAAUGGAAUGGUACAAUUUCGUGUGACUCUGAGAAGCCAAUGUGUCUUCAAAAGAAUGUCCUUGUUCCCAAUCCCACCGUUACUGGUAAUGAGGAUUGUUUGUACUUGAACGUCUAUCGACCGAGGACUGCAAGAGGCUUGAUCUUCCAGAAGAAGUUGCCCGUAAUGAUUUUUAUCCAUUACGGUGGUCUCUUUUCUGGAGCCAUUACCCCACUUCUACUCGGACCAGAAUAUUUCAUGGAAACUGGCUCUGUUAUCCUCGUCAUGAUGCAAUAUCGUCUGGGUAGUUUAGGAUUCUUGAGCACAGGAGAUUCAGAAUGUCCUGGCAACUUUGGUUUCAAGGAUCAAACAAUGGCUAUGAAAUGGGUGAAGAAUCAUAUUGAGAAUUUUGGUGGAAAUCCUAAUUCUGUUACCAUCUUUGGCCAAAGCGCCGGGGCUGUAUCUGUACAUAUGCACAUGCUGAGUCCUCUGUCAAAGGGACUCUUUCAUCGAGCUAUUGUCCAAAGUGGGAAUGCUAUUGCACCCUACAAUUUCCCCGUAUCUGAUCCUCUUGAACAAGCUCGAGAACAAGCCAAAGUUCUCAAGGUUCCUAAUGCUGAAAACCUAAAUUCAUCCAAAAUUGUGGAAGAAUUGAGGAAGGUCAAUGCAAAAAGUCUCGUAGAAAGUUCUGACAAGAUGAAAUUUUGGUCUGUGGAUCCUAUUGUGCUCUUCCGCACUGUUAUAGAACCUGCAGGUCCUUCGGCUUUCAUUAGUGAAAAUCCCAUUGAUACUGUGAGAACAGGAAACUACAAACAUGUUCCUUGGAUGAUGGGCCUAGUUCCAAAUGAAGGAACUGUUCGUGCAACAGCAAUUUUGACCAAUGAUACAGAUCUCAAAGAACUGAAUAAUCGUUUCGAUGAGCUGAUGCCAGAGCUGAUGCAAAUUAAUGUUACCAGAGAAGAAUUAGCAGACUACUGGCCAAAAGUCAAGGACUUCUACUUCAAUGGACAAUCCUAUGUCAAUGAUACCAAUUGGCAAAGAUUCGUUGAUAUCUAUUCCCACCGAGCCUUCUACCAUCCGUUCUAUAAAACUGUGCAGGCCUACAUCUCAUACGCUGAUAUCGAACAAAAUCCCAUCUAUCUCUACAAGUUCGCCUAUAAAGGAAAUUACUCCUAUUCAAUGCUUUUUACGGGAACAACCAAAGACUACGGUGUUGGCCAUUGUGAUGAUCUUAUCUAUCUCUUCAAUUCACCAGUCAUCUUUCCCAAAGGACUCUCCGAAGAUUCUCUCGAUGAGAAGAUGAAGAAUAUCUUGGUGAGAACGUAUGUAACAUUUGCAAUGUCCGGAAGACCUAAAGAAUGGACAGCUGUUCCCGCAUGCCAGAAAGAUACAUUCAAUCCAAUUUGUCCUUAUCAACAAUUUUCCAAUUCACCUGAUGGAAAAAUUCAAAUAGAUACAUCGCAGGACUACGAUAUGGCAGCUGUUAGGUUGUGGGACGAAUUAAAAGAAUACUAAAUCCUUUAAUUCAUCCAACAUACUUAAAAGAUCUUGCAAUAGCAAGAUCAACUGACCUGAAGCAUGAACAUUGGUGAAUCAUUAAGCUUUUUCCAACAUCUUCAAUGUAAGAUAACACAUUUUUUUUUAUUUUAAAAUACAGAAGAACAGUAAUAUGGCAAAA